AGUGUUUCGUUCACGUCUCCGAGUUUGAGGGAUACCGUUACGCAGGUCUGUGCAAGAUACUAAACACAGUCUCUCAUCGUUCGUGGUGUUCUCGCUGGUAUGUUUUUCCCUCGAAAAGCUUCAUCACUGGGUACCUGCAAUCGGUGCGUGGAUGCUCACACAGUUCAGUAGCAUCUAGAGAAACAACACAGCAGACUUUGAGCUACCAGACGCCAGAAGCAACAUCACCAACCAUGGCGCCAAAAAAUCUUCGCAACACAUACACGCCGCCUUCGAGCCCACAACUCAACCCCAUCAUCAUCUGUGGCAUCGUAAUGGCCCUUGCCGCUGCUCCUACCCCCGCCAUACUUCAUCCUGGUAAUCUCAACUCACCGCUUCCGGAAAACGUUGCUACAGCUGGACGAUGGAUCCAGACUGGGUUAUUCUACUUCCUCUAUGGCGCACAUGCAGUCGAGACACUCAUGUUCAUGAAGAGGUUGAAAGAGCACGGCGUUGGAUUUCUGAGUGCUGCGUGGUUGAAGUGGGUAGCGACUUGUUAUGUUGGAGGGCAGUUCUGCUUUCAGCAUUUUGAUCGCGUGGUGGGUAAGAAUGCAUAGGUGGAGGUAUUGUUUAAAAGCUGGACAGGAGGAGAGGUCGAGAAUGAUGUGGAGAAUAGUGAAUCAGACUGAACAAGAAUAUACAUGGUAGAAGAGAAUGUGGAGACUGAAGUUGUACAGGUGCACAAUCACUCCUGCUGUCUUACGCGUUCACUACCGAU